GAGGAGUGAGUCGAUUCAGACCCCGGCCCUUGCUCUUCCACUAGAUUGUAAUUCCACCUCCUGUGGGUCGAGCCGCCCUCCCUCAGGCGGUCAGUGCGUCCCUCCCCUCAGCCUCCAGCGUCCACUCCCCAACCUCGAAAAGCUCUGCCGCCGCGAGCCCGCUCCACACCAGCACGCCAGCCUCCCAAAUGCUGCCUUGUCUCCUCGGACUCCCGAGUGGUUCCUGAUUCAGCUCCCUGGGUCCUCCACCUUCUCAUCCUCGCGUCACUGGCGUCCCCCACGUCCCCCAGGAGACGCCCUUCCCCUGCGCGCCCGGGACUUGGUGAAACUUUGCAGACACCGUCGCUGAGAUGGAUUUAAUCCCAACCUUCUUGCUCCGUUUCUUGCUCCUGGCCUGCUGCGUCCCACCCGGCGCCCUGUCACUCCGAACCGCUCUGCGAAAAUCAGGCAAGGUGGGGCCUCCUCUUGACAUCAAGCUGGGAGCCUUGAACUGUACAGCUUUCAGCAUCCAGUGGAAAACACCGAAGCUUUCUGGUAUCCCCAUCAUUGGGUACACAGUGUUUUACUCUGAGGUUGGUUCAGAUAAGUCCAUCCGGGAGCAGUCACAUAAUGUACCUGUUGGCCAGGACACCCAAAUCACUGAGGAAGUGAUUGGAGAUUUGAAGCCAGGCACUGAAUAUCGAGUGAGCAUAGCAGCUUACAGCCCGACGGGCAAAGGAAGGCUCAGCUUCCCUCGGCAUGUGACCACUUUGUCUCAAGAUUCCUGCCUGCCCCCUGCAGCACCCCAGCAGCCACGUGUCCUUGUGGUUUCUGAUUCUGAAGUGGCCCUCGCUUGGAAACCUGGCAAGGAUGAAGGAAGUGCCCCAAUUCAGUCCUACGCUGUGGAAUUCAUUAGACCAGAUUUUGACAAGAGCUGGACCGUAAUCCAAGAGCGGCUGCAGAUGGAAUCCAUGGUUAUCAAAGGCCUUGAUCCAGACACCAACUACCAGUUUGCUGUGAGAGCCAUGAAUGCGCAUGGCUUUAGCCCACGCAGUUGGCCCAGCAACACCAUCCGGACGCUGGGCCCAGAGGAGGCAGGAAGUGGCCGCUAUGGACCUGGCUAUAUCACCAGUCCCGGAGUGGGUGAGGAUGACGAUGGAUCUGAAGACGAGCUGGAUCUGGAUGUGUCCUUUGAGGAGGUUAAACCCCUUCCUGCCACCAAAGCUGGGAAUAAGAAGUUCUUGGUGGAAUCCAAGAAGGCUUCUCUCUCUAACCCAGAGAUGGGUUCCAGGCUUGCACAACCUACCUCAGCAUCUCUCCCAGAAACUACAGCGGCUAUGCCACCCACCCCAGCCCAGCGGAAGGGGAAGAGCCCUGUGGCCGUGAUGUCAAGGCUCUUUGACAUGUCCUGUGACGAAACUCUCUGCUCAGCUGACAGCUUCUGUGUUAAUGACUACACCUGGGGGGGCUCGCGGUGCCUCUGCAGCCUGGGCAAAGGUGGCGAGGGAUGCACGGAAGAUAUCUUGAUUCAGUAUCCUCAGUUCUUUGGCCACUCCUACGUAACCUUUGAGCCCCUGAAGAACUCUUAUCAGGCAUUUCAGAUUACUCUGGAAUUCAGGGCAGAGGCGGAGGACGGCUUACUGCUCUACUGUGGGGAGAGUGAACACGGGAGAGGUGACUUCAUGGCCCUGGCUCUUAUCCGACGCUCCCUCCACUUCAGGUUUAAUUGUGGAACUGGGAUUGCAAUCAUCGUAAGUGAGACCAAAAUCAAACUGGGGGCCUGGCACACAGUGACAUUGUACAGAGAUGGGCUGAAUGGGUUGCUGCAGUUGAAUAAUGGUACCCCAGUGACAGGCCAGUCCCAGGGCCAGUACAGUAAAAUUACCUUCCGCACACCUCUGUACCUUGGUGGUGCCCCCAGCGCUUACUGGCUGGUCAGAGCAACAGGGACAAACCGUGGCUUCCAAGGCUGUGUGCAGUCAUUUGUUGUGAACGGGAAGAGAAUUGACAUGAGACCUUGGCCACUGGGAAAAGCCCUCAGUGGUGCUGAUGUUGGAGAGUGCAGCAGUGGGAUCUGUGAUGAGGCCUCCUGCAUCAAUGGAGGCACCUGUGCAGCCACCAAAGCUGACUCCUAUAUCUGCCUCUGUCCUCUUGGCUUCAGAGGCCGACACUGUGAAGAUGCAUUUGCUCUGACCAUCCCUCAGUUCAGAGAGUCGCUGAGGUCCUAUGCCACCACACCUUGGCCCCUGGAGCCUCAGCAUUAUCUUUCUUUCACCGAGUUCGAGAUCACAUUUCGGCCAGACUCAGGGGAUGGUGUCCUCUUAUAUAGCUAUGACACGGGCAGCAAGGACUUCCUGUCCAUCAACAUGGCUGGGGGCCACGUGGAAUUCCGCUUCGACUGCGGUUCUGGCACUGGAGUUCUCAGGAGUGAGGACACCCUCACCCGGGGCCAGUGGCACGAGCUACGAGUAUCUCGCACGGCGAAGAAUGGCAUCCUACAGGUGGACAAACAGAAAGUAGUAGAGGGGAUGGCAGAGGGAGGCUUCACCCAGAUUAAGUGUAAUACAGACAUUUAUAUUGGUGGAGUCCCAAACUAUGAUGACGUCAAGAAGAACUCGGGCAUCCUCCAUCCGUUUAGUGGGAGCAUCCAGAAGAUCAUCCUAAAUGACCGGACCAUCCACGUGAAACACGACUUUACAUCUGGUGUGAACGUGGAGAACGCAGCCCACCCCUGUGUGGGGGCCCCCUGUGCCCACGGGGGCAGCUGUCGGCCCAGGAAGGAGGGUUACGAGUGUGACUGUCCCUUGGGCUUCGAGGGCCUGAACUGCCAGAAAGCCAUUACAGAAGCCAUUGAGAUCCCACAGUUCAUCGGCCGCAGUUACCUGACAUAUGACAACCCAAAUAUCCUCAAGAGGGUGUCCGGAUCAAGAUCAAAUGCGUUCAUGAGGUUUAAGACGACCGCCAAGGAUGGCCUGUUGCUGUGGAGGGGUGACAGCCCCCUGAGACCUAACAGUGACUUCAUUUCCCUGGGCCUUCGAGGUGGAGCCCUGGUAUUCAGCUACAACCUGGGCAGUGGUGUGGCAUCCAUCACGGUGAAUGGCUCCUUCAGCGAUGGCCGGUGGCACCGAGUCAAGGCUGUCAGGGAUGGCCAGUCUGGAAAGGUCACGGUGGAUGACUACGGAGCCAGAACAGGCAAGUCACCUGGCCUGAUGCGUCAACUCAACAUCAAUGGGGCUCUGUAUGUGGGUGGAAUGAAAGAAAUCGCUCUGCACACGAACAGACAAUACAUGCGAGGCCUCGUGGGCUGCAUCUCACACUUCACACUGUCCACCGAUUACCACGUUUCCCUUGUGGAAGAUGCUGUGGAUGGGGAAAACAUCAACACUUGUGGGGCUAAGUAGCCCGAGCUGGCCUUGCCCAAGGGACAUAGCCUCUAUCCUGACCGUCCCAGGGGCCCAGAGACCCUGCCUGAUGCUGCACACACAGAGAGGUCUGGGAAUCAGGUGUGUUCCUUCUCCUCAAGGACAAAGUCCAUCCUGGUGGGAGCCAGGACCGAAGGUCCUGUGUGGCCUUCUCUGCAAACGCUCUGUGGACCAAACACAAUGGACUACUGUGAUUAGGAGGCAUUGGACUUCGUUGUUGAAAGUAUAGAGUCUGAGAGAGAUCAUACGUCAAUGCAAUUCCAGAAACUCUCUACUGUAGUUCAAUGGCUAUGUUGUGUUCAAAAGAGUGAAGCAAGACUAAAUGAAAGAGAGAGAGAGAGAGAGAGAGAGAGAGAG